AUGGACCCGUUUACGGAGAAACUGCUCGAACGAACCCGUGCCAGGCGAGAAAACCUGCAGAGAAAGCUGGCGGAGAGGCCCACGGCGGCGCCCAGGUCGGCGGCUCCCGCCAAGCGGGCCAGGCAGCCGCUGGCAGAGGCCGGCAACCAGCAGCCUGCGGAGGCAGAGAAAUCUUGUACAAAACCAUCACCUUCAAAAAAGCGCUGUUCUGACAACACUGAAGUAGAAGUUUGCAACUUUGAAAAUGAACAACCGGUUGAGUCAGCUUCUGCCAAACCUCGUCCUCCGAGCCCUGUGUCCCUUCAGGUGCGGCCGCAGGCGCCAGCUCCGGCCAGUGGAUCCCCGCCCGCCACCCAGGCUCCUCUGCUCAGCCCGCAGAGAGGACUGGACGCGGGGCCAGAGGUGACGGCAGCCUCCUCCAUUAAGACGCGGAUGCAGAGGCUGGCAGCCCAGCGGCGCCACUGGGAUGCGGACGACGAUGGGACAGGGAUAAAUGGUGAUAACCCGGAAAGCGCGCUCGGCACGGCAGUGCCCGCGGAGGACAAGGCGGCCUCCCCUCCCACAGCGGCAGAAGCCUCGGCGGCGCCGAUCGGGAGAAGGGGCCGUCUGGCCAACCUUGCCGCAGCUAUUUGCUCCUGGGAAGAUGAUGUCAGUCACUCAUCUGCAAAGCAGAACAGUGCACAAGGACAGCCUGGUACCACUUGUUUAUCCAAAGCUUCCUCUGCAAGCGGAGCAUCUGCUAGGAUCAAUAGCAGCAGUGUCAAGCAGGAAGCUGCAUGCUGCUCCCAAAGGGAUGGCAAUGCCUCCUUGAAUAAAGGCCCGACCUCGAGAGCUGAGGGUGCGUCUUUGAUUAGGGUUGCAGUUUCCAGCUCUGUGAAAGCGUCUUCCCCUUUGAAAUCUUCUGUGUCCGUCACCAAUGCUAAAAGUUGUGAGGUACAAAAUCCUGAGCGACUUCGAAAAGCCCCGGCUAGUCCUCUGAAAACCGAGGUGUUGAAACCAGCUGGGAAGUCAGCUGUAUCCCAGACAGCUCAGCCCAAAGAAGCAUUAAAUAGAGAAACUUGUCUGCAGCCUCUAUUUAAAGACAAAUCUGCAACAUCAGUUGGAGCAGGAGUCAAGCCUUUCCUGGAACGCUUUGGAGAGCGCUGUCAAGAGCGCAGCAAAGAAAGCCCCGCUCGCAGCGCGCCUCUCAGGUCCCCCGCCGUCACUCCAAACACAAAGGCCAUCCAGGAGAGGUUAUUAAAGCAAAACACAUCUUCCUCCACUGCUCACGUAGCACAGCGGCUCAAGCAGGAACGUGAAAAAGAGCUAGCAUGUCUCCGUGGCCGAUUUGAAAAGGGCAAUUUAUGGAGUGCAGAAAAAGGCGAAAACUCAAGAAGCAAACAACUAGAAACCAAACAGGAAAUUCACUGUCAGAACACUCCCCUCCAAAAACAUCAAGUUGUUUCAAAUACCACGUCACUUCCAGCCACAGAAGGGGACAGAAAAUCGGAUGCCAGGGAACCGAAGGAAAAGGAGACAGAAAAUCAGACACCAGGAAAAGCUCCCAGUACAGAAGUGACAGGUUUCACUGAAUGUGAAAUGACGAAGUCCAGCCCUUUGAAAAUAACAUUGUAUUUAGAAGAGGAAAAGUCUUUAAAAGUAACUUCAGACCCAAAGGUUGCACAGCAGAAAGAAGUGGUACGUGAAAUUGAGAUGAGCGUGGAUGACGAUGAUAUGAAUAGUUCAAAAGUAAUCAAUGACAUCUUCAGUGAUGUCCUCUUAGAGGAGGGGGAACUUGAUGUGGUGAAGAGCCAGGACGAGAUGGAUCAAGCAGCGGCCGAGAGCAGCGAAGACCAGGAGGACGCGCUGAACAUCUCCUCCAUGUCUUUGCUGGCUCCGUUAGCCCAGACGGUCGGGGUGGUGAGUCCAGAGAGGUUAGCGUCCUCGCCUAGACUGGAGUUGAAAGACAGUAGUGUAAGUGAUGAGAGUCCAAAACCAGGAAAGUUCCAGAGAACCCGUGUCCCCCGGGCAGAGUCUGGUGACAGCAUUGGUUCUGAGGAUCGAGAUCUUCUUUAUAGCAUUGAUGCAUAUAGAUCUCAGAGGAUCAAAGAGAUAGACCGGCCUUCAAUAAAGCAGGCGAUUGUUCGGAAGGAAGAUACUACUUCAAAAUUGGAGGGGAAAAAGAAUGCUGAAGAAAAGAAUGUCCUUCCUUGUCAAGUUAACAUCAAACAGAAAAUGCAGGAACUCAACAACGACAUCAACCUGCAGCAGACGGUGAUCUACCAGGCGAGCCAGGCCCUGAGCUGCUGUGUGGACGAGGAGCACGGCCGGGGUUCCCUGGAGGAAGCCGAGGCCGAGCGGCUGCUGCUCAUUGCAACUGAGAAGAGAGCGCUUUUGAUUGAUGAGCUGAAUAAGCUGAAGAACGAAGGGCCGCAGAGGAAGCACAAGGCUGCUCCCGAAGCCCAGGGCGCGUUCGCCCCGUCCAGGGGGUCAGUUACUUUGUCGGAGAUCCGCCUGCCCCUGAAAGCAGACUUUGUCUGCAGCACGGUUCAGAAACCAGAUGCAGCAAAUUACUAUUUCCUGCUUAUACUGAAAGCAGGAGCUGAAAACAUGGUGGCCACCCCCUUAGGGAGCGCAGCGAGUUCUCUCAAUGGCGACGCUCUGGCAUUCCCGACGACGUACGCCCUGGAAGAUGUGUCCAAUGACUUUGAAAUAAAUAUUGAAGUUUACAGCUUGGUGCAAAAGAAAGAUUCCUCGGGGCCUGAUAAGAAGAAGAAGACAUACAAAUCCAAGACUAUUACUCCAAAGCGACUUCUCACAUCUAUAACCACAAAAAGCACCCUUCAUUCUUCAGUUAUGGCCAGUCCAGGCGGCCUGAAUGCUGUGCGCACCAGCAACUUCAUCCUGGUUGGAUCUCACACCCUAUCACUAUCUUCAGUAGGAAACACUAAAUUUGCCCUGGACAAGAUAAAUUAUAAUGUAAAAGAGCGAGAGCUACUGGGCUAUUUGUUCCAGGAAAAGGUGCCCUUUUUAUCUCCUUUGGAAGGUCAUAUUUAUUUACAAAUAAAAUGUCAAGUGAAUUCAAGUGUUGAAGAAAGAGGUUUUCUAACCAUAUUCGAAGAUGUUAGUGGUUUUGGUGCCUGGCAUCGAAGAUGGUGUAUUCUCUCUGGAAACUGUAUCUCCUAUUGGACUUACCCAGAUGAUGAGAAACGAAAGAACCCCAUAGGAAGGAUAAACCUGGCCAAUUGUACCAGUCGUCAGAUAGAACCGGCCAACAGAGAAUUUUGUGCAAGACGCAACACUUUUGAAUUAAUUACUGUCCGACCACAAAGAGAGGAUGACCGAGAGACGCUUGUCAGCCAAUGCAGGGAUACACUCUGUGUCACCAAGCACUGGCUGUCCGCAGACACCAAGGAAGAGCGGGACCUCUGGAUGCAGAAGCUCAAUCAAGCGCUUGUCGACAUUCGCCUCUGGCAGCCUGACGCCUGCUACAAGCCUAUCGGGAAGCCCUAAACGGGGGCAGUUUCUGCCCCACUAAGUGUUUUUGAGCUAUGUCAUCCAUGUAUCUUAGGAGCAUCA